AUUCAUUGUAACAAAGCAGACUUCCGGGGCCUUAGUACUCGAAUGGCUGACGCCAAGGUUGCCUUUUCUGUCAAAUGAAAUUAUUUCUGACGCGAGUGAAAUCAUGUAAAUGUUCAUCGAUACUACUGAAAAAUUAUUUAAACGUGGUACAUCGAUGCGUGGAUUGUGGAAUUGGGGUGUGUCCAUAGUUUUAAUCAACAAUAACGCAAGAAGAGGCACCGGUGUCUUUUCAAAUUUUGGAUCCAUCGAGAGGGUAAUCCCUAUUCUUUGCUAGGGGUACGAAUAAAAGCAAACAACUAAAAGUGUUCACCAGCGAAAACCAAGGAAUAAGUCUGCUUAAGAAUGCAAUUCAGAUGAUCCGAAAUACUUGACAGCCAAAUCGACAUUAUGAAUUCGAACAUAGUUAUGGAGGAUAGUAUGAGUGUUAAAUCAAUGGAAUCAGUGGCAACAAGUGAUGAAUAUGAAUUUGUAAAUGACAGAGGUAAUGGAAAACAUCAACAAGCAUUGAUUGAACAACCAAUGCUAAAAAUUGCCAAUAACGGCAAUUUUGAAGAUCUGCAAAAUAAUCUUCGUGAGGUAUUAACAGAAGAUUCAAAGAUGGAAAGCAAUGAAUAUAAAAUUGUAAGCAGUGCACAACAAACUCAACCAAAAUCUAAAAAAGUAGGCCAAAGUAAGUUUUAUGAUGUAAGUUCUUGUAUGGUUGCAUCUGAAAAGCAAGAUAUCAUGAAACCAGAAGAUUAUAUUGAUGAAGAAAUAAAUUCCUUGGCUCAUGUUCAACAAGAAUGCACUAUUUUUAAUGGUGUAACUUAUUUGGGAUCAGCAACAAUAAAUGCACCAAAAUCAGAAUGUGAAAUACAACGUAAUAUGAAUAUAUUAAAUGCAGAACAAUCUCUUAAUUUGGGAAUUAAAGUAUCUGUUUCUGUACCUAGUAGUUCUCAAGGUUCUGUUGUAUUAUAUGAUGCUGCUACUCAACAACCAAUGGCACAUUAUGAAGUACAACGAAUUUUGUUUUAUGCACGUGGUGAAAGUAUUGGUCCAUGUGCAGCAUGUUUUGCUUUUACAUGGUCACAUGGAGAUACAUUGGAAUCUGCAAUUUAUCAGUGUCAUGUUUUUCGAUGUGAUAUACCAGAAGCAGUAGGACAAGUUUCUGCUUGCUUUUCCAAAGCUUUUCAUAGAAUACCAAGAUCAAUGACUAGUUCUUUAACAGGAAGUGAUUUCAAUGGUUUUAAUAUUGGAACUGAAAAGACUAAUUCUCGGGUAUUUAUUUUCGAAGUAACAAUGGAAAUAAAAGAAGAAGAUGGCAAAGGAGGUUUCAGUAUAGUUCCUAAGGACAGAAAUUGCUUCAAACUUCGAAGUAAUGUGGCUAAACAAGUGUGUUUAAGUAUUCAGCAAGUUUCUAGCAAAGAAGGAGGAAUUACUCUUGAAGUUGAAAGAUGUUUUGGAGUUCUUGUUAGUCCUGGUCGCAAUGUUAAACAUAGUGAUAUGCGCUUACUGGAAAUGCAAGUCAAUGCUGGUCCAUUAAUUCAAGAUAAACAAUGUUAUAACAUAUUUGGACAUUGGGAUCCUGCAGAUCCAGCCUUAGAAACUCUUAAUAUUGAAACUCCAAGAGAAGAAAAAAUUUAUAUGACAGUUGCUGUUGAUUUAGUAAUACGUGGUAUUCGAGAACCUGUUAGAUUUAUAAUAGAAACAUUAGUUAAAGUAUUUCCACAAAAUGAAAGAUUUUGGUAUUUUAAUAAACGAAAUCUUGUUCAACAAUUUUAUCUUAAUUCGAAAGAAAUAAUAUCCGGAGAUGGAACAGAAGUUCAUUAUGAAGUACAAAGUAUAGAAACUUCAGGAGAACUAGACAGAAACAGAUUAAAUCUUGCUCUUAAUUUAGCAUCACUAAUAAGAUCUCCUUCUUUAACUAGUAUUGAUACACUUACACCUAAAGAAGAAAUAGAUUCAGAUGGCGAUGAACCAAUGUUAAGUGGUACAGGUGAAGUAUCAAAAGAUUGUUCUGCUGAUGAACUAGCUAAUUGGGCAGAAGUACUUGACAGUUGGCAAGUAAAUGAACAGCGUCCAAAACUUCUUAUAAAACUUACAAAACAAGGUAUUCCUGAAGCUUUACGCGGUGAAGUUUGGCAACGUUUAAGUAAUUGCGAUAAUUCACAAGAAAUGAUGGAUAGAUACAGGACUUUAAUUACUAAGGAAAGCAGUUGUGAGAGCGUUAUUUUAAGAGAUAUUAAUAGAACAUUUCCUGCCCAUGACUUUUUCAAAGAAACAGGUGGUUUAGGACAAGAUUCUUUGUACAGAAUAAGUAAAGCAUAUGCAGUGUAUGAUGAAGAAGUAGGAUAUUGUCAAGGACUCAGUUUUUUAGUUGCUAGUUUAUUGCUUCACAUGCCGGAAGAACAAGCUUUUUGUGUUCUGGUUAAGUUAAUGUAUGAUUAUGGUCUAAGAGAUUUAUAUAAGGAUAGAUUUGAUAAUCUUCAUAUGAGAUUUUAUCAGCUUAAUAGAUUAAUAGAGGAUCAGCUGCCAGAAUUAUAUAAACAUUUUUGCGAUCGCGGUGUAGAAACACAUAUGUUCGCUGCACAAUGGUUUUUAACUCUGUUUACAGCUAGAUUUCCAUUAUAUCUUGUUUUCCAUAUUUUGGAUGUAUUUCUUUUACAAGGACUUGAUACAUUAUUCCAAGUUGCUCUUGCAUUAUUAAUGUUGUGCAAAAAGGAAUUACUCCAAUUAGAUUUUGAAAGUAUAUUAAAAUACUUUAGAGUGCAUUUGCCUAAACGUUGUCGAAAUGAAGAAGUAUCGCGUUACGUCAUGAAGUUAGCUUGUUCUGUUACUUUGAAGAAAUUGAAGAAAUAUGAAGCGGAAUUUAUGACAUUAAAAGAAGCACAAGAAAAUGCCGAUGAAUAUAGUAAUGAAGUGGAACAAUUACGAGGUACAGUAGCGCGGAAUGAAGAGGAAAAACAGAGAUUAGAAGCUGAAUUGAUUCAAGUCAAAGAAAUGUUGCAACGAGAAGUAGCAAGAGCAGAUGCGGAGAGUCGACGAAGUAAUAUCAUUAUUGCCGAAUAUAAGCAGAUUUGUCAACGUUUAGAAGAUGAUUAUAAUGCUGCAAAGACAACACUUAGUGAAUUACGAUCCAAAGUUUCAAAAUGUGAAAAGUGUAAAAAUUGCAUAAUGGAUUCAUCCAAUAUAUUGGCAGAUAUUGCACAUCCUUUAGAAAAUCGAAUAGAUCCUAUGUUACAUAGAGUACAAGAAAGAGUACGAGAAUUAGAAUUGGAAUUGGCUCAAACAAAACUGGCUCAUGUCGAAGCGGAAUGUAGAAAUCAAGAUUUAACGCAUCAAUUACAUGCAACCGCUUCCGAACUUCAAGCAGCAAGAAAUAGCUGGCCAUGGCUUAGUAAGACAUUAUCAAGCAUAAAAGAAGCGGCAAAUAAAAGAGAAGUAAUAACUCCUUCAUUAAUGAAAGAUUUGAGACGAGACAGUGCACCUGGAGGUGAAAUGCAUCACUUGAUACAUUCCCGUAAUCGUGAGACUCGAGAUAAUCUCAAAGAAAUUGUGUGAUUCAGCGAAGUUUUGGAAGAAGAGUUCAUAUUACAUGGAGAAGAUCUAUUUCAAAUACAAAUUCGAAUACAUAAUGUACGUCCAUAAUUACAUGUAGUAUUCUACUUGAUCUGUUUAUCAUACUCAGUAUAUUUUACAUCAGAUUCUUCACGUGCACUAUUAAUCGCGUGCUUUUAGCGUGAGCAGCUUUAUCCUACAUCUUUGAUAUUAAUCUUGAGAUAUUUCUUGUUAUAUUUGUUAAUUAUUUUAGUAUACUCAUUUUUCAAUUUAGUUUAUAAAUUUUCAAUAUUAUUUGAAAUUUAAUUUCUAUAUCUUAAUAAGGAAUUUCACAUGAAAUUAAAAUCUUAUAUUAAGUGAUAGAGCAUGCCUGGAGAUGCAAAAAAAUUUUACAAUAGAUGUUAGCGAUAAGUUCACUACGUUUUCUAUGAAACUAGUCUAAGAUGUGAAAAAUAGGAGUACUAUAGAAUUUACUGUAUAUAAAUAGCACUCUCAGGCUACUAACAAAUAUAACAGACUGUAGAAAUCAGAGAUUCUACAUUUAGUAAGUUGAAUCAUGUGAAAGCAGAUUAUAUAUCUGCAAUUUCAUUUAUCAAUUUUUUGUACGUAUUUAUUAUCGUGACAUUCCAAAAUCAUACAUGUGCGUUUUUUUAUUAAAAUUUUAUUUUAACCGAAACAUCAAGAGUUCUUGAUUAAAAAAUAUCUAUUAACAUAUGCGCUUUCACAGUUAACUUUAAAACGCAACGAGUAAAAUAGAUGAAAAGAAAUAUUUAACAUAAUUUUUAUAUAUAAUUCAUUUCAAUUGAUAGAUGCAAAAUAAUAUUGCAAAAUUUUUUAUGAUAUUAAUAAUUGGACAACAUAACAUAACAGUUAAAGUAGAUACGAUAUUUUUGCAAUAAAAUUUUUCACUUAUGUUAUUUUUUUUCUUUUCUUUUAAAUAGUUUGAUUAUGAUGAUAAGUUUAUAAUUUAUAAACGAUACAUAUAUGCGUGACGUUUAAAGAUAUAUUUAUUUACUAUUUGCGCUUUUUUUUUUGACAAAGUCUAUACAUGUUAGAUCUAAGGCCAUAAAUUAUGUUAAGGCACUACUUGAAGUUAGGAUUUAAUCAGAUGUUUAAUAAAAAUUUAUGUUACAAUAAGAUGGAAUAAUAAAUAUUUAAAAAUGUUUGUGAAAGAAUAAUUUAAAUUGUAAAUCUAGCUUUGUAAUUAGUGCAAUUUAUUUGAUGAAUUGAUUAUAAUUUAUUUUGCAUCUUUUGUACUGAAUUUUUGUCAGUAAUUAAUAUAGUGCCAUUAUCUUGCAUCGUAAAAUUUACGGAAGAGAUUGGUAAUGAUUUUUUCUUGUUUUUCCUUUAAAUUGAUAAUUUAAUUUAAUUUAAUUUUUAUUAAAAUAAAGUUAUUGAAGUAAACAUACACUAAAAUUUAUAAUCAUUAGAAAUUCAUACAAUAGCUAAUCCUGCAUCUUAUAUAAAAUAAAAGAUAUACUUUUUGUAAAUACCACACAAAAACUAUAUAUAUAUAUAUAUAUAUAAAAUAUAUAAAUAUAGACAACCUACUAACAAGUCAUGUAAAAAUUUAAGUUACUACAUAUGUAUCACAGUACACCUUGUAAUGUCAUUCCACUAUUACUGAAAUAAAGAAAGAUAUCAUCUGUCUAUUU